AUGCCAGCCUCGUUGCGCAUUGAAAUAUUCCCAUCUGACCUCCAACGGAUGAUUGACUUCUAUUCCACCAUCCUCAACUUUGUCUUGAUCAAGCGCAAUGGCGACUACGCCUACCUCGGGCGCGACAACAUCUUCAUCGGCGCCAUCGAGACAGGAUCGACCGAGACGCUUGAAGAGAAGGCAAGUCACCGCCGCCCGAUGAAAGGAAUUGAGAUAGUAGUCGAAGUGGACGACUUGGAAAAGGAGAGAGACUUCAUUGUUACCCAGGGAUGGAAGCUGGACGCCGACAUCCAGUUGCAGGAUUGGGACUUGAAGGAUUUCAGAUUAACCGAUCCUGACGGGUACUACCUGAGGUUCACAACACACAGCCCGAAGCGCGAUGGGAAGGGCGCAUAG